AGCCAAAGUACAUACAGCUUUUAACAACCAUACCAUAUCUGAAGGAAGCAAGAAGGGGAUCCCUUUUGGUGUCACAGUUGAGCUGUUUUAAUACAAGAGUUCCAUCAAGCAACAAUGGACCAAGCAAGAUCAACAAUAACUAAAAUUUUCAAUGGAGAGCCACAUUCGUACACACGUUUUAACUUGACCCAGAGCAUGGAAGGUGACAACAGUCACGUGGAGAUGAAGCUGUCAUCGGACAUGGAUGAAGAAGUUGGAGGAAAUGGAGUGGGAAUUCACUUGAAUCAUAACUCCAAGCACAAAUCCCAUAUGAUUUCAAAAUUAGGACGGACAUCCAAGAACCUUUGCUUUAUGGUAGCUAAAAUCCUCCUCAUCUUUCUCAUCGGGUACUUGAUUGGCUACUUGGUUCAUCGCAAAAAAGAUUUGGCUUACAGCUGUGAAGAAGCCUCCACGCAAGGGUAUGACGAGCCUUUCAUCCCAGAUACCGGAGCCGCUCCUAUCAUGGCCUGGAAUGAUGUCAAGAAUGCAUUUGCUCAGAAACUGACUUCAUCAAACUUCCAAACGGCCUUCCGUGAUUUUUCAAAGGUCAACCAUCGGGCUGGUUCACCAGGUGAUGAUGCUUUAGCAGACAAGAUCAUCAAGACGUUUAAAAAGUAUGGCUUAAAAACCUGGUCCGACGAGCACUUUAUCAAGGUUCAGGAUCGGCCACGUUCUGGCUUCAACAAAAUUAUUUUCAAGAAUAGCACCGAAGAGCAUCCAGAGGGAUUUCUGUCCUAUAGUGCCAAUGGAAAUGUGGAGGGAGCUGUCCUGUAUGCACACUAUGGCCGGGAAAGUGACUUUAGACUGCUGCAGAACUUAAACAUCAACAUGAGUCGCAGAAUUAUGUUGAUCCGAGCUGGAAAGCUCAGCUUUGCAGAAAAGGUAGCCAAUGCUGCAAAAAUGAACGCUUCUGCUGUUUUGAUCUACCGAGAUGUUGAUUUUCCUUCUGAAGGGACCACUCAGCUGUUCGGACAUGUCCAUCUGGGUUCAGGGGAUCCCUAUACCCCUGGCUUCCCCUCAUUCAACCACACGCAAUUCCCACCUGCUGAGUCUUCAGGUCUGCCCAGUAUCUUGGCUCAAACUCUCACAGAAAGCCAAGCAACAAGGAUUCUUAGACAGCUGGAGGGUGAAAAUGCACCAAAAGUGUGGGGAGUUUUCCACAAACUUGGUAGUGAGAGGGAUGUCAUUUCUGUGGAGGUGAAGAACGUUCUUUCUGAGAGAAAGAUAAACAAUGUCUUUGGGGUCAUCGAAGGCUUUGUGGAUGCAGAUCGAUAUGUGGUUAUCGGUGCCCAGAGGGAUGCCUGGGGUCCGGGUUUUGCUGCAUCGACUGUUGGCACUGGCGUUCUGGUGGAAAUGGCUCGUUCAAUCUCAGAUAUGCUCAAAAAGGAUGGGUUCAAGCCAAGAAGGAGCAUUGUUUUUGCAAGUUGGAGUGCCGGAGAAUAUGGAAGCAUUGGCGCUACUGAGUGGCUAGAGGGCUAUCUUUCUUCUCUUAAUAUGAAAGCCUUCGCUUACAUUAACCUUGAUGGAAUUGUGACAGGACAUAAUGGGUUUAAAGUAGCAGGAAGUCCUAUGAUGCACAGCUUAAUUGAACGCACUCUCAAAGAGGUUGGCCUCCAGAAUAAUGCCGUGUCCCUCUUUUCUCGCUUUGGAAAGGACAACUGGGAAUCUAACGUGUUGGAACCUCUGAAGAUGGAUAAUGCCGCUUAUCCUUUUACUGCCUUUACUGGCAUUCCAUCCCUGUCGUUUCGAUUCACUUCUGACGAUUUAGAUUAUCCCUAUUUUGGCACUUUGCUGGAUACCCAGGAGAAGUUGAUCUCUGUGACGUCCAACCAGUACCUGCAGUUGGCUGAAGCAGCUGCCAAGUUUGGAGGUUACAUAGUUCUGAGGCUGGUCCACGACCAUCUGCUGCAGAUGGACCUGUCAGAAUAUGACAAUAUAAUUCGUUCUAACGUGGCUCAGCUCAGUUUGAAAAUCAAUAAUGUACAGAGGUUGCAUCCUAAUCUGGUCCCCACAUCAGUGCAGUGGUUGAUCUCAGCCUCUGGGUCCUACAGUCGAGCCUCUCGUGACCUAAUGAAAGACAUUCAAAACAGUGACUUGAAUGAUGUAGAGAUGUGCCGCAUUUACAAUGAUCGCAUCAUGUCGGUAGAGAGGAAUUUACUCUCUGCAUAUGUGUCGGCCAGGGAAAGUCCUUACCGCCACAUCCUGCUCGGCUCUGGUCCGCACACACUCGAAGCACUGUCCGACUAUCUAGAUGGCGUCAAAGUAGACAGCCCAAAAGCUUAUGUCGACCACUUCCGCAACCAGUUUGCAUUGGCGACCUGGACAAUUCAGGGUUGUGCCAACGCAUUAGUAGGAGACAUGUGGUCAUUUGAUAAUGAAAUCUAAAUUAUGUUCACUCCGGGUCUUCCCUUGGUAAGAAUCUGGGCCAAAACAACGCUGUCUGAUAAUCAGAACUGAUUUUAAGGAUAAUUACAAUAAUACAGUGGACCCUCAUGAUGCGAGCAUCAUCACGAGAGAAAAUGAGUCUAAUUAUGCAAGCUAAUUUUCAGGAUACAAGCAAAAUCCAGAAAAAAACCCUUGUCUCACGUGGCGUGUCUGAGUCCCUCGGCGUCCCACAGGGAGACUUGAAAGGACUCUCUUUUGUUUUGUCUCCCCAAGCGUUUCGGCAUCCCGCGAAGGCAUGGGUGUCCAGACUAUUCCACAAAGGGCCAGAGAGGGUGCGGGUUUUUGUUCAAACCCAUUAUGUGGACACCUUUUUACCAAUCUGGUGUUUUACAAGUGCAGUCUGGUGCUGCUAGUUUUAGCAGGAACUUCACUGGUUAAACUGUCUGUGCUCGAUUGGUACGAACAAAAACCAGGACCCACAGCGGCCCUUGAGGACUGGUUUGGACACCCCUGCGGUAAGGAGCAUCUCGUACCAACAGAACACCCCAUCUGCUAACCUCUUGCUCAUCCUCGAUGUCUCCAGUAUUGAAGUGCAUCUGAAUCAUCUGUGAUUACAAGUGAACAUUAACCAUAUCCUCCAGGAAAAUGGCGACCAAAGACUGUAAUGAAAAAUAGAAAAUAAUUCUCAGGAUUGAAACAAAAGCAAUAAAUAAUAAGAAAUCAUGAAAACAGUGUGCAUGUUAGCGAUCUUUGUAAAACGUCUAAGCGUUUUUCGAUAGAUUAUUUAGCCUAAAAAAUGAUGCCUAGAAAUAAUAUUUAGUGGUAACAUGGGGCGUCAUUGGAAGUGUUGCAAUCAUUAAUUGGAAAUGGUUACACUUUAUUUGAACUUGGUGUCACAAGACUGUCAUAAUGAUGACAUGCUACCUGAAUGAGGGCUUAUGACAAAUGUCAUUGAGUAUCAUUUUAUAAAUUAUGUCACCUUUGAUGCAAUGUUGAGAUUUUUUCAAAUGUCAGUUUAGGAGCUGUGUUAAGAGUUAGGACACAAUGACAUAUGUCGGAGUUAAAAUACUGGAGAGUCUUUACCUAGAAAUCUUUUAAUAUGGAGAAAAAUCUAUUCAUGAUACAAGCACAUUCAUGUUAUGAGCUUGGUCGUGGGACGGAUUGUGCUUAUAUCAUGAGGGUCCACUGUAACAUUAAUAAUAAUCAUUAUUAUUAUUAUUAUAAUACAAUAAUUAAUACCAGGUCAAAGUUGCUUCAACUCACUUAGUCUUACAUUUGAAGCUGUUGAAGAAGUUUUUUACAUCUACAGUAUAUUUGCAAUUAAUCACAGUCAUUUACUCUAGGGCUUUCAUAAUGACUUUCAAAUGCUAAUAUUACUGGUGGUAAUGGUCAACAUUGAAAAAUCAUUUAAAAUUUUGAUGGGAAUUCUUUAUGAUCUAUUGGGCAAUAUGAAAUUGAUUUGCAUUCGAUUCAAUAGUACAAUUCAAAACCAUAAAAAAUCUAGUCAGACCUAUUUGAUAGCUAUAUUUUACUGUAAUGCUUUAAAGUGAACUCUUCAGUAAAAUUCCUUUUUUGUUUCUACAUGUUUUAUUUCAAUGUUAGUAAUUCAUCUAUUAUAUACAGCCUUUGAGAAUAAUUUGCCUUUUAAUAUAAUAUUAAAAACUUUAAUUCUGCGCAAGUUUUCGUUGUUGUUUACGUUGCCUAGUGGUGAUGUAAAAAGUUACUGCCUGCUGUCACGAUGAGCUCGCAACCAAGCCUUUACGGUUUGAGUCAAUGCAAACAAAAAAGGUAAAAAUCAAACUGAAAAUGUGGACAACAUCCCGGGGUAGUCUUUAGUUCGUCACAUGCCAUGGGGCAUCUGUAGUAAAUAUUCACUGAUGCCAACGCAGGUGAAAAUUCACCAGAAGGGUCGUGUCGAGCGGCCCCGUGGGUUAGCGCUAGUCAACCAGACUCGCAGAGCUCCACUUUUGACUUUUUGACUCAUAACAAAAUAAAUUACUUAUGGAAGAAAGUACAUUUGGGAACCUCCACCCUCUACUGAAGAUAUACGCUCCUCAGCGUCGAUUUAGAAUCUUAAUAGUGAAAUCGAAGUGACACACCAGGAGCAAGGCUUAGCAAUUAGCAUAGCUUACACUAACUUUACACAGCAAAACAGGGCUAUCACUUCAACACAUACUAUCUAAUAUGACAAAUAAAGAUAACACAAGCACGUAACAUGGCUGCCACAAGGCAGAUAUAUACUGUAGAUGAACUUACAGAAGUAGGUGCCUGCGCAAGACAAAGAUGAAGUAUGUGUGCAGUACUUUUACAGGGGAAUAGAUUUCUCCCUAGUAGGAAAACAGAUUUUUUUUUUUUAAAUGAGUCAACACUGUCCUCUGGUGGAUAUACUUCAUACAUAAUACAGUGGUACCUCGCCAUACGAACGUAUCAACAUACGAUCCUUUCAAAAUCUGACAUAAAAUAUGACUACUGUAGUCAUUUGUCUCGACAGAUGACGGUAUGCUUGAAAUAUUUUGCUGCAAGACCGCAGCACGGCAGAUUUUCUUGUGAGAGAAAUCAACUUGGGUCCCAAGAAGGUUAGUGCAGAUCGUGAAAAAAGCAAAAGGUGAAGCCUAGCAUUGAGAUUAAGAUGGAAAUGAUAGAAAAAUAUGAGUAUGAUGGCUAUCAAUCGAAACAAAUUAACCUUCAGCCCAUCAAGUGUGCAGUGUCUUGCUAGCUGGACACAGGUGCUCUGCUCAGUCACAAUCUCUUCCCGUUAUAAUUUUCUUUGUGGAAGCGUGCCCCAAUUUCAAAAUAAAGUGUUUCAAAACAAACCAAAACUCAAUCGGAAGUUCUUUACAUUCUUCAUAAUUUUACAAUAAAAGAUAUCUCUGGCUCCGACAAGAGCGUGGCGUGAGCGUCAGUGAACUGGCUCGAAUAUGUCUAAGAUGUCAACGGUCCUCCUCUGACCUCUGUUCACCAGUCUGUAUAAGUUAAGGUGACAAUUAUUAUUAUUGUAACAUUGUAAGGAAAUUGCCGGCUUUGUCAGGUUUUUAAUCAUUCAUUUUAAAACUGGUGCAACAAAAGACGGCUACUGUCCGCCGCAGCCGGCGGCAACAACAGAACACGAAAACUGAAAGUAAAAACUUACCAGUCUUCCAAACCUCCCUCACCUGAGUCGUUAGUCACACGGUGCGUUCAGGAACAGCAUGCAAACCACAUUUGCCACAUUACAGCCUGAUUUGUUACCUUAUGAUUUUAUUGUUAUUACAAAUCCAAUUUGUAUUUAUAGUUUACUUGUUUUGCUGUUUGUAAUUGUACUUGCAGUAUUCAUGAAGGAUUUAGCAUUGGUUUUUGUGCUAUGGAACGAAUUAAUGGAAUUAUAAUGUAUUCUUAUGGGAAAAUCACGCUCGACAUAUGACCAUUACGACUUAAAAACCAGGUCCUGGAACGAACUAAAUUCGUAUGCAGAUGUAGCCUUGUAUUCUCCAGUUGUCGUGUAAAAAAAUGAAACACAGCAACGAAUAAUUGUCCUAGCGACCUUAAAGGAAUAUAGUCUUGUUAAUGCAUAACAUAAUGACAGCGGCACCGUUUGACAUCACCGCAUUGCAAUGUAAACAACAAUGGCGACUUGCCUUGAAAUAAAGUUAACAUUGCAUUAAGAUGCAAAUUAUUUUCAAAGGUUGUAUAUUACAAUGGUCUACAUAAUUAGGGAAAUAUCUGCUUCAGAAAUGAAAACUAAAACUAACUGAAAUAUUAUCAGUUUUACAAGUUGCUAUAUUUGAUGAGAUGUGUGCCACCGCUUAUGAAAUGUGUCUACAUUUUCCUCCUUAUUCUAUGUGUUAAAUUUUACUUUUUACUUCUUUUUUUUUUUGCCAGCAACGCCAACAGUAGCGUUACCAGUUUCACACAUAAGAUGUCGCAACAAUAAUCACAAGCUUGCCCUUCUUUGAUCACGCCGGCCUGUUCAAUCACGUGGUGUAUUUAGAACACCAUAAAGAAUUCAGUAUUUGACAUAGAGCGCCCCUGUCAACGAAACUUGAAAGCGCGAAUCUUAAUCUCCCUCCUGGUUUUAAUUUGGCACCGAUUCAUCACGGAAAACCGAAUAUAUGAUCCUUUUAGUUUCAUAAUAAUAAAUAUGAUUUUGCCACUGGAGGGCACUCGUGCUCAUUGGACGAAUAAUGCUUAAUUUCUGCAGAUUUUUUUUCUUUUGUAUUUCUUUGUCUUAAUGUAAUAUGUAUAUAAUAUAUCGUACAGUUUAGUAUCGUACAGUAUAAUAAUAACAGUUCAUAUAGGUAACUGUGCUUAGAAAAAAAUACAAUUGUUUAAAAAAAAAAAAAAAUCAACCAUCUUAAGAAGUUAUUUACAAUGUUACUCAUGACUUGAGUAUUCUUUACCCACCUCUCUCCAUUUUAAUGAGAACUCAUUUUUGCCUAAAUUUCUCAUUUUUUUAACAUUUCAGCCAGAUACUGUAUCUGAAAAACUAUAGCCGAAUGACACUUUUGACCUCAUUUUUCUUUUUUAGUGACCCAAAUUUUGUAAAGUCUAACUACUUUUAUCCAUGAAGCAUUUUGAUUGUAGACCAGUGUAAUAAAUGAGUUACAAACAUUAAAACAAAGCAUACAGAACCAACAUGUCAUUUUAAUCUGGGUUUCUUUUAAAGUGCAGAUAUAUCCUCAUAAUAGCAGGCUUUGUUGAGAGGACAUGUACAAUGUACAAUAGGUAAAGAUCACAACAAUGAUAUUUUGCAUUUAUUAGGAGGAGUUCUGGUCUCUCCGCUUGGGUCAUUUUUUUUUUUUUUUUUUAAAUGGGGUGCCAUUUGUGUCGUCAGUGUAAGUUAAGCUAUAUUUUCACUGAAGUUAGACAUGCUAGUAUAUUCAUUCAAUUUUUUUGUCUAUUAUCACUAGACGUCGAUUAUACAUUCAAGGAUACAGGCCCCUAAAUUCUUUUUUUUUUUUUUUUUAAUUUUUUUAAAUUUAAUUUACUUCUGGUUUGUUAUGGAAUUUGCUAUGUCCCUUUUGUGUCUCAUUCAAGUUCAGCCUGUGACAUAACUAAUAUAUGUAAACAAAAAUCUUAACUUAUUGUUAUCAUGUCCUGGAUAAAUGAUUUUAAUCAUGUGUUGUUUUAAAAUAAAAAUAUAUUAUUUAAUUUUAAAAAUGAAAAAAAAAAAAAAAAAAAAGGGGGGGUUUUUUGUCCGCUGUGUCAAUGUCCUCUCUGUCAUGUUGUGGCAGUGUUUCUUUAAUAAAAUUCCCCACUCAUUAAUGACAUCACUCUUCAGCGACAAUAUCACACCAGUGGCGAGAAAUUCUCAAUACAAAAUACAGUGGUACCUCUACAUACGAUCACUUCGACACACGAUCUUUUCGACAUCCGACGUAAAAUUUGAGCCGCCAUUUGUUUCUACAUCCGACGAGUUGCUCGAAAUACGACGACAUGACAGCACUGCAAACGAACGCACGGUGGAUUUUCUUGUGUGAGAAAUCAACACAGUUUUCAAAAAAAGUUGAUACAGUUGGAGAAACAAGGAAAAAAGUGAUGCUUACCUUUGAAAUGAAGAUGCAAGUUAUAGAAAAAUAUGAGCUUGGUGUGCGCGUCCCUGAACUGGCUCAACAAUACAGCUCCAUGGUCCUCUUCCGACCACCGUUCGCCACUAUUUAUAAGUUAAGGUGACAAUUAUUAUUGUGGUAACAUUGCCAAGGAAAUCGCCAGCUUCGUCACGUUUUUAUCAUUUAUUUAAGAACUUAUCCAACACAAAACGCCCAUUGUCUUAAGCAGUUGACUGCUCUCAAGAAAACGAAAGUAUUAUCUCUACCGCACCGACCUAUCUCACCGUGACGUCAGCUUCGCGGUGCGUUCAGGGACAGCAAAAAGUGUCCGCCAUAUUAGAAUCCAAUUCGUUACAUUAUUUACAGGAAUAAUUAUUAAUUAUUCUUCUUCUUCUUAUAUUAUUCUGACUUAUUUAUUUAUAACUUAUUUGUUUUUCUAUGUUUAAUUGCCAUUUGUAACAGUGCCAGCAGUAUUUAUUAAGAAUUUAGUGUAUGUUUUUAGGCUUUGGAACGAAUUAAUGGAAUUAUAAUGUAUUCCUAUGGGAAAAUCCUGCUCGACAUACGACCAUUUCGACUUACAAACAAGGUCCUGGAACGAAUUAAAUUCGUAUGUAGAGGUACCACUGUAGUUUAAAAAACAGAUUUUACAGUUUUAUGAAAUAGUGUAUGUUCAGUGUGGUUGAUCAUCAAGUGUCCACUCUGUCAAAGAUAUACAUCAAAGAAAUGAGAGGUUUAUGUGUAAAAUGACAGAUUUCUCAUCAAGUAUCCGAAGUCAUGUUAGCUAUUAUGCUACCAAAGCCUGGCUAAGGGCUAACUUUGGCACAAAAUGUCCUUUCUGUUAGUGUCCACUCUGUUAUGUCCAAAUGGCACCCUAUCAAAAAAGAAAAAAAAAAAAAGACCCGCUUGCCUUUUAUUCAGGCAAUCUGGAUAAAUCUCCCACUCGUCAUUAAAGAUAAACCUCAAUAAUAUUAAACAAUUCUGGGGAAAUUAACAUGGGGCAGACGGGAAAGGGCGCUUUACCAAGUGACACUGAAAGUAUUUAUUGUGUUAUUUAUUUAUCAGUGACAGGGUUCACUAUAAAUAUUUCUCUAAAUGAUUUUUAUAGAAAAUGUAUAAUUAUCGGAAGCAGUGCCUUCCAUAAUUAUGACAGUUAUACUGUCGAAAUGAAAAAAGCAGCAUCUGCUAAAGAAGUGUAAACCUACCAACAACGUUCACUGAGCGCGCAUAAAGAGUUUUCUUUGGAGCGUGGGUGAAAGCUGCCCGUGCUGAGGUGGACUUCUCAUCCUACCACCAUUGUGGGGAGCAGCGUUUUCCAUCAUGUGGAAACGGGGAGAGGUAGUUUUUGCCUACCAGUGUGUGUCUGUAUCGGAGGCAGUGCCCUCCAUAUUUCACUGUAGGGGUGGAUUAUAUUAUCGGGGACAGUGUUUCCCAUAAUUUUUGUAUAUACAUAACAACAGUACAAUGCACCCUUUCUCAAACUCUGAUCUUUUUCAUGUUUUAUUGUAAAUGUAUUGUAUUCUUUCCAAUGUACCUACAGUUUCCGAAAACAGUAUUUUGUAAUAAGGAGAGAGACCUGCAUGGAAGAGUUGCACUAUGGGUUCUGGAUAGCAGCCUUUUUGUCCUGAUCUGAGGUGAUGGGAUUGCUCCAAAUUUGGAAGACAAACUUUAAAAAUGUGUCUGUACCAAGGGCGUAGGUAUGGUCUCAACAUUGGUAGGGACGAUAUAACCCCAAAACCUGCAUGUACACUUUUUGCUGGGGAUGAGACAUUAAUAAGACCCUACAGAUUGGGUAAACAGAAAUCAGGGCUACAUUUCUCACAAACAUGAACCUAAUUAAUUGAUAGGUUAAAUGAUCAAUGCAAAAUUAAUUUUUAUUUACUUUCAUAUGUAUUGGUUCAGGUGAUAUACUGUUCGAUUCAAACCUUUGUUUUAAAAACUACGAAAGAAACACUUUGAAAACUUCAAGAAUAACAGUCUGGAGUUUUAUAACAAAUUUAAAUUAACAUUUUUGAACAUAAAUUAUAUUAACAUACACAAUAAAUGCAAACUUGUUAAUAAUCUCCUAACUAUCCAGGAAUGCAAAAUAAAUAUUUGUCUUAAGAAAACUCAACAUUGUCUGUCUAAAUAAAGAAAUUAAAUAUAACUGAAAAAAAACUUCUUAGUCAGGAAAUAAUUAAAAUAAAUACAAACUGACACUUCUUUCAGGUAAAACACUACUGCGUUUGUCCACAAAAACAGCCUAACUCAACAAAAAAAUAAAAGCUCAUCUGGGCUGCUUUAAUACCACAUAAAUAAAAUAAAGGUUAAAACUGGGGGGUAAACAUCGGUUCACUACAUUUCUCACAGUUUAAUUACCCUUAACAGUCAAAAACACAUACAGGAGGACACUUCUCUCUACACAUUCCUACUCGAGUUUUGCAGGUUAGCAAAUUCAGAUUCACACAGUUUAAUGUUAUGCUAACGCGGAUGCAGGUUGGACUGUCAGUAGCAAAAUUUGUGGCGCAUUCCCCACCUCCACAACAUUGACGUCUUUUUACAGAACUUACAGUGGCUGCUGCUGCUGCUGGCUGAAAAAAACUUCUAAUGUCCCUUCUCUUUGAAAGGGGCGGAGGAGGCGGCAUGUUGUCGAACCGUGUAUUUCUGUCGGGGCUGUGUGUGUGCGUGUGUGGGCGCGGCGGGUAGUCAUCAGCCAAUCAAACAUGCUUUUGAGGGGGUAAAAAAUGGACAGGCGCAUUCAGCAAAUGAAAAGGGGUUAAUGUAAGUGAACAUAAUGAAAAUAAUUCACUUAAUAAAAGUAGGGUUACUUCUAUCCUUACAACAUAUGUGAAAAAAAUCCUAACUACUUAUAUAACUGAAGUCAUUAUAUAAUGCAAAUAAGAUUGCUUAAAAAUUGGUAGGGAUAAUUUAAGCAUCCUGAAAAGUUGGUAGUGUUAUGUCCCUACCGUCCCUCUGCAAACCCACGCCCUUGGUCUGUACCAACAGUAGCCUAUCUACAGUAUAUUUGUGACCUUCCGUUUGCAUUCAUGUUUAAAGGUGCUAUGAAAUACUACAGCAAGUGACUUUCAUAUGAUAGCAGAAAAUAUUUUGAAAACAAAUCCAUCCAAGGAAUUGAUAGAAAAGCUUCAUAAUGAAAUUAGAUCCUAAUUACUCUUCCUUCCUCAGCUGCCUUUGCUCCGCCCACUAAAAAAAAUCACCAAACAGAAGGUGUCACACCCAGAAUGAACUGCAGAUUUUUGCAGUCUGCUAGUAUAAUAUCCAUAGGCUUUAUUUUAUCUUGCUGCCGUGUGACCGGUUUGUCAUUGUCAACAUGUACUAGCUAGUGCAGCACUCGAAAUCUAGAAAUGAUCAUUUCUGGUUGUGAUGUCACAACCAGUAUUGCUGAAAGGUUGACGUUCCCUGAUGCAUUGGUUUGGGUGGAAUAAAUAUCAAGUGUUGAAUAUGGAAUGGCACAUUUGUUCUCUACAUGUGAAAUUACAUUAAUCGUUUUCCUUUUUUGACAUAAUCACAGUUUCUUAGCACCUUUAAGGAGUCACUUUUUCCUUAUGUUAUUGCUUCUUCUCUACCAGUGGUUUUCUUUCCUCCAAGUGUGUAGAAUUCUGUUUUUUUGUUUUUUUUUUAUUCUUUUUUUA